CGUAUACUCACCGACACCGUCCCUCUGUUUUAAUCAUCUCCGGCGAUUCUGGGAAGAGAGAAAAAGUGUGAGUCAGAGAAUAAUGAUUCGAGCGGUUCUCCUGUUCCUUGUCUUCGUCGUUGAGACGAGAGUACAAGCGCAGCUAGUGCCGCCGGUGAGGCAAGAUGGUUUCGUUUACCCACCGGGUCAUCGUUUCGACCCGGAUACUAUACUAAUUGAGGCGUAUUUUGACCCGGUUUGCCCGGACAGUAGAGACUCUUGGCCGCCACUGAAGCAAGCUCUUCAUCACUAUGGAUCUCGCGUUGCCCUUCUCCUCCAUCUCCUUCCUUUACCGUCAGUGAUCUAAAAUUCUCUCUUUGCCUUCAUUCUUUGCUCUGAGCUUAAUUCAUGUAUUGAUCAAUCGACAAGUGGCUUAAGAAAGGUCUGGACUUUAAAAUAUGUUUCACUGUCUGUUUUAUGAUUUGUUCCAUGGAAAUGUGAAUGAUUCCUUUGUGUUAUGUCGGAUUAUUCGUUCUUGUAUUGAAUCUUUUUUCUUGGAUUUUGGAAAUUGCAGCUACCAUGACAAUGCCUAUGUAACAUCACGGGCCUUACACAUUGUGAAUACCGUACACGCCAAUGCUACCUUCAGUUUGCUGGAAGGGUUCUUCAAGCAUCAGUCAUUGUUUUACAACGCGCAAACACAACUCCUUUCAAGACCUGCAGUUGUGGAGAAAAUAGUCGAACUUGGAACAGUCUCGUUGGGGAACUCAUAUCAAUCGGUUCUUAAAUCCGGCUUCAGCGACAAAAAAUCGGAUCGUGCAACCAGAGUUUCCUUCAAGUAUAGCGCUUCAAGAGGGGUUUAUGGUACACCAACCUUCUACGUUAACGGGUUUGUAUUGUCUGAUGCUGCUUCCCCUUCAAAUUUUGGAGGAUGGAAGAAAAUCAUUGAUCCUCUGGUUCAAGCACAUGAGAUGGAAGAUAACUUCAUUCCCUUCCUUUGAAGAUUUUAAGUGCUUUUGCUGUGUCAAUUGUCAUGGUAUAAUACUAUCUGUAAUGUAUAGACUUUCUCAAAACCUGUAUGUUGCUCAUUGUAAAUUUGUAAUAAAGGAAAGUGAUCCAUAUAAAAGUUGGCCAGCCCAGAUUUAUUAAACAGAAAUUGUAAUACAUGGCAAUAAAAUUAAAAUUUACAUGUUAC